GAUGCAGUCGCAGGAGACACAAUGGAAAGAGGAAUUCGAGACUGAGCGCGAGAAGCUCGCACACGCUUACCGGGAACGGCUGCGCGCCGAAUUGGAGGCUGCUGACAAGGUGUAUCAGCAGAAGCUCAAGAACGAGCUCCUCGAGCAGAGCAUUACUCUCCAGCGCACUUUUGCAUCGACGGUCCGCGACCAGGUAGAGCAGGAGCGAGACGGGCGGCUGGGCAAACUCAAUGAGCUUUCUUCGUCGGUGCAAGAGCUCGAGAAACUCACUGCCGAGUGGAACUCUGUGGUGGACGCCAACCUCAAGACGCAACAUCUCACCGUGGCUGUGGAAGCGGUUAAGUCGGCGCUCGAGAACCAGGUUGUGCCGAAACCCUUCAUCACGGAGCUCGCAGCUCUCAAGGAGAUCGCUGCCGAUGACGCCGUGGUCAGCGCCGCCAUUGCCAGCAUCAACCCCGCGGCUUACCAGCGCGGUAUCCCCAACUCGGCACAGCUCAUCGACCGUUUCCGUCGCGUAUCGCAAGAAGUCAGGAAAGCUGCACUCCUCCCCGAAGAUGCGGGUGCCGCGUCGCACCUUGCCUCGUUUGCCAUGUCCAAGGUGCUGUUCAAGAAGAGCGGGCUCGCCAUCGGUCAGGACGUUGAGGCUGUUCUCGCCCGCACCGAGUCUCUUCUCGAAGAGGGCGAUCUUGAUGCUGCAGCACGUGAGAUGAACGGGCUGCAGGGAUGGGCCAAGGUCCUGAGCAAGGACUGGUUGGGCGAGUGCAGGCGGGUUCUUGAAGUCAAGCAGGCGUUGGAUGUCAUUGCUACCGAGGCCAGGCUACAGAGCUUGCUUGUAGAGUAGAUGAAAAACGGUUGUUUUGUUUGUACUGUAAUAUCACGCUUUGCAUGGGGAGCGGGGGAGAGUUUGCGCCAUAGAUGGAUGGAGUGGUACGGCAGGAAAAUUGCGGGUGAGCAAAGCCAUAUCGCUCUGCACUUUGUUAUCCUACAUUAGCUUCUACCCUUUUCCUUUGUGUAUGUAUCUAUGUAUCUGUGUGUGUGUGUGUGUGGAAUCAAGACAAGAAUUCAAAUGUAUCGCUGGAGCAGUGUUGUUUGUGAGGUGUCGAAGUACAUUCUCCUAGCCAUGAUUACGAUGACAACAGAACAACAUCAUUAACCAACGUUCUCCGCAUGCCAUGCAAGAGAAAACAAAUCUCACAUGAUGUCGCCUACCCCAUAAAGUCAAAAAUGAUGGCGCGGGCCGAGAAAAGGUCACACGCACGAAUCGACGAGUCAGUGGCCCAAGGGCGUCACGAGCGCAAAGAGGCCCCUUGGCCCCCAAGAAGAAUAGCGACAACCAACCAAGGUAGGGCCCCCCCAGACAGACUCCGCCACGCAUCAUCAUCAUUGUGCCUGUACAUGCAGUCGCCAAUUGCAGCUUCGCACUAGCUGUUGCUCCC